AUGAGCACCAUACAAGUUGUGCUGGGAAUGGUUUUGGUGUUGUUAAUGCAUGUCUUCAAUGUUUUGGCGUUAAGGUCAAGAUCACCGAGAGGAAAGCUUCAUAGGCAAGGGAUUCAUGGUCCUUCACCUCACUUCUACUUCGGCAACAUUCCAGAAAUGAAGACCCUUUUGCUUCAAGUUCAGUCAGCUCCAACCACUCAAGUUAAAGAUAAAGAUCAACAUAUGCCAAAGUCCGGAAUAGUUUCACUUGUUCCAAAGGCCUGUGUCUGCCACAUGGCUUUGAUUUGGUCCCUUAUACUUGUUUUCUACUGGGACUAUACAGUGGCUAAUGGUGACAGAUAUAAAAAUGGUGAAGGAAAUCAUCAUGUAUACCUCUUUGGAUUUAGGGAAGCCUACUUAUUUGUCCAAAGAUCUGGGACCACUCUUGGGCCAAGGCAUAUUGUCAGCAAGUGGGCAAAUUUGGCUCAUCAGAGGAAGAUAAUUGCCCCUGAACUAUACCUUGAUAAGGUGAAGGAAAUGGUUAAUCUGAUAGUGGACGCAACAAAUAUAACACAAAGGUCUUGGGAGGCUAGACCUGAAAGUGAGGGAGCAGUAUCAGAGAUUAAAAUGGACAAAAGAUCUGCGAAGUUUGUCUGCUGA